AUGGAAUCCAUGGAAAUGGUGUCCAUGGAUACAAGCAUGCAGAGUGAGUCCAGCAACGAAGCAUCUCCUCUGCGUCUUUGCAAUGAGUCUAUAAUUGACAUGACAAGCUCCCUCACUCCGCCGCUGAAGAGGCUGCACACGUACAGCAUGGACGACGACCUUUCAGCAGAGAAAACCAGGAUGCUUGACACACCAGAUCAAGCCUCCCCUGAUCAAUCCUUUCACUUCACGCACUUCCACAAGGCAGUGAGCAAAGAAUCUCCAUUCAAGAGAGGUGUGGACCUCCGCGUGCAGAUUCCCAACCAGAUGCACCUCAGGAAAGGCGCAGUCGUCGUGUCGCCGCACGCCAACAUCUUCAUGGAUGAUCAGCAGUUCCCUCAGUCUGCCAACAGCCAGAAGCCCGACAGCGAGCUUAUUCUUCACACCUGCGCUGAUUU